AUGAAAUCCAUUAUCAACAUUAAAUUUUUAUUCAGAUUUUUAUAUAUCUGCUUAUUAAUUCAACUAUCAGCGGGUGUGGUUCCAGGGGACUGGCCAGCAAUCGAUAAACCACCACCAAUAACACCAGAAUUCUCGUCACUUGUGGAUUUUACAAAAGUUGCAGAUGCACCCGUUCGGACAUUAAAUGACAAGUGUCAAACCGAUGACCAAUUUUGUUAUUGGUCCUGUACUAAUUGUGUUCGUAAUGAAACUGAUAUUAUUACAUGUCCGAAUGUAGGCGAUUGGGGACUCACUUUAGAUGAUGGUCCAAGUGAAUUUACGACAGACAUUCUUAAUUUUUUGGACGCUAAAAAUAUUAAAGUUACCUUCUUUGUUGUUGGUUCUCGGGUAUAUGAACGUCCUGACAUUUUACUAAGAGCAUUUAAUGCUGUUAAUCAUUUAACACAUUUAACAUUAAUCAAAGGUCACCAAAUUGGUGUACAUACAUGGUCUCAUCCAUCUCUCACUACUCAAACUAGUGAACAAAUAGUUGCCGAGUUAGAAUGGACUGCUAAAGUUAUAAAAGCUGUGCUCGGUGUUAGACCAAAGUACAUGCGUCCACCAUUUGGUAAUUAUGACGAUAGGGUACGUGAUAUAUGUAAACAACUUGGAUAUAAGGUCGUAAUUUGGGAUAGAGAUACAAAUGAUUGGAUGUCUGAUGAGGAUAAAACAUUCGAAUUACCUUGGGUUGAGGCAAACUUUAGUCAAUGGGUCAAAGAACCUAAAGCUGGUCACAUUUCAUUGGAACAUGAUUUAUAUCAAGGUGCUGCUUUACAAGUUCCAAGUGUAAUUCCUAUUGUCAUAAAUGGAGGUUAUAGUAUUAAACAAGUUGGUACUUGUUUGGGUGAUAAUAACUUUUAUCAAGGUAAUAUCACUAACGCUAAUACCACUAUUCCGGUGAAACCUUCUACCUCUGUAACUCCUGUAAGUGUAAGUCAACCAUAUGCAUCUAUAAAAAGCAUUCCAUCAGCACCACCAAGUUCAUCACCAUCAGGCACAUCAACGUCAGCUGUUAAAAAUUCAUCAGCUAUAAAAUCAACGAAUUUGAAUUAUUUUAUUUGGUUAAUUAUUAUUGGUGCAAUAUUAUUUAAUAGUGUUUUUUUUUAA